AUGGCGUCAACCUUGGGCCAAAUCAUCCCCCUCAUCAUCGCCAUCGCCCUCCUCAGCGGCUGCGGCUGGGUCCUCUACCAAAUCUACCUCUCCUUCACAAAGAUGCGCGAGACCGCGUCCGAGCGCAUGGGCCGCAAGAACGUCGUCUUCACAAAGGACGGCGUCCGCGUCGGCAUCAAGCAGAUGCAAAACGAGAAAUACGUCGACAAGACCCAGAGCUACGUCGUCAAGGCCUGGAACCUGGGGACCGCGCAGAGGGACGAGGAAAUGUGA